CACCCCUUCAAAGACGACAGCUUUCGUCCCCGCAACGGAGCGACCCAAAUACGCUGAGCGUCGGAUCUCCAUCCAACGCCGCGGACUCGCUACGUGCCAGCAUCAGAAGGCCAGAACCACGCUCGUGGAGCGAGCGCGCGACUCGCUCUAAACCUAAGCUUCGUGAUUUCUUUAAUUGGAUUUGAUUUAAUCAUUUGCCAAUUCGUUUUCUUGACUUUUUGCACACAGAAUCAUGGAUCUUCCACGAGGCUCUCUACACUGUCAUAAACUACCCAGCUCACACCCCACUUACCCUCAAGAAAGAGAGGAGAGAGAGAGAGAGAGAGAUGGAUAUGACUAAUGCUCGACCUAUCGCUGGUUCUUGUUCUUUGGGUAAGUAUUGAACUCGAUUUCGCAUCGACCCUUUUCUCUACGAGCUCCAAGUUUCCCUCUUUUUCAGAUCUUGAGCUGAUUUCACGGGUGCGUUUGGGGACCCUUCAUUUCUUUUCAUUUCCACAUUGAUUCCCACGUUUGUAACCCUUGUUCGGGUCUCAUUGCUUUUGGUCAUUUGGUUCGUUUGUUUGUUCGUUCGAUUAGCGUAUUUCAGUCAUUUGGGUAGUCUUGGAUUUGGAUCUUGUUGGGGGUUGUGUUCGGGUUCGUUGGGUUUCUUGAUUUGAUGAAAAUGUUGGGUCGGUCUGCGCUGUCGCGAGCCGGUGGCUUCCGGCCGGAUAAUUUGGGCCAGCACGCGUUGGCAAUGAUAGGCAACCUCUGCUUCACUCUGUUUGUGGUUGGGGUUCUGAUUUUCACCAUAAUCGCCGCGACUUACCAGCCGGAAGAUCCCCUCUUCCAUCCGUCGACCAAGAUCACCACAUUCCUCACGUCGACCACCAAUGCCACCUUCAAGUCCGAUGACACAGUGGUCAAGACCGGCGAGGAUUUCAUGCCUGCGAAUCAGACAGUAUUUGAUAAUUUCAUCAAUGUGACUGAUGUCGAAAACCCAGUGACUGUUUCAGCUGAAACCAUGGGUGGAAAUGAGUGUGAGGGGAGUGUAGGUCAGCCAAUCGAUUGCAGGGACCCAGAAGUUUUCCACCUAAUGAUGACAGCCACGAUAGAGCUGUUUAAGGAUAUACACUUCUACAGGUUUGGGAAGCCUGUUGCGGGAUCCAAUGAGAGCACCUGCGAUAUGGCGUGGCGGUUUAGGCCUAAGGAUGGGAAGGCGGCUGCUUUUUAUAAGGAUUACAGGAGGUUCGUGAUUUCUAGGUCGGAGAAUUGUACGCUUAGUAUUGUGAGCAUUGGGGAUUACCAUACGGGUGUCAAUGCUAGGAAGAGGAAGAAGAAUCAGAAACCUGGGUUUGAGAAGCAAGCAGCAAAGAAAGGGGAGCAGACUAUAUCGUUGCCCGUUGUUGGGGAAACGGUGAAUGACUCACUUCCGGUGGUUGAGUCCGAGGGGUCGUUCAAGGGCGGCAAGUACUUGAUCUACAUGGGCGGUGGAGAUAGAUGCAAGACCAUGAAUCAUUAUCUCUGGAGCUUCUUGUGUGCCUUGGGCGAGGCCCAGUACUUGAACAGGACUUUGGUCAUGGAUUUGAGUAUUUGCUUGUCUAAAAUUUACACGUCGUCGAAUCAAGAUGAAGAAGGAAAAGAUUUUAGGUUCUACUUUGACUUCGAGCACUUGAAGGAGUCUGCAUCAGUGUUGGACCAGGAACAGUUCUGGGCGGAUUGGGGCAAAUGGCACAAGAAAGACAACAUGAACCUUCACCUUGUGGAGGACUUCAGGAUCACUCCUAUGAAGCUAGCAGACGUGAAAGAUGCCUUGAUAAUGAGAAAGUUCGGGUCGGUGGAACCCGAUAACUACUGGUAUAGGGUAUGCGAAGGCGAGACUGAGUCUGUUGUUAAGCGUCCCUGGCAUCUAUUGUGGAAAUCAAGGCGGCUGAUGGAUAUUGUGUCAUCAAUUGCAGCAAAGUUGAAUUGGGAUUAUGACUCAGUUCAUAUCGAGAGAGGGGAGAAGGCAAAGAACAAAGACCUGUGGCCGAAUCUCGCAGCUGAUACCUCUCCUGAUGCACUUAUCUCAACAUUGAAGGACAAAGUCGAAGAUGGGAGGAACCUUUACAUUGCAACUAAUGAACCCGACACCUCCUUCUUCGAUCCAUUGAAAGAUAAGUACUCAACUCAUUUCCUUCACGAGUACAAGGAACUUUGGGAUGAGAACAGCGAGUGGUAUUCCGAGACCACAAAGCUUAAUAAAGGCGUCCCUGUUGAGUUCGACGGAUACAUGCGGGUUUCAGUCGACACUGAAGUUUUCUUGAGGGGUAAAAAGCAGAUCGAGACCUUUAACGACCUCACAAACGACUGCAAGGAUGGUAUUAAUACUUGCAACACGUCUGCCAGUUGAUAACCAUCGCACUAUAAGUUCAAAAGCUUCAUGAUCUCUCCAGAUUGCUGAUUUGUGGUAUGUUUCAGCUGUACUUUUAGCUGUUGUUGGCAAACCCGUGUAAAACUCACGCUUUACACUUUUAGGUUUGGCAUGGAGUUACAUUUUUAUCAGCCUUGUACUAGUAGCAAAACAUUGUUUUUGUACUUUUGUCUGUUGUUACAUCUCUGGCAAUCGUUUUUGCAA